GGAGACCUUACGUCAGGUGACGAAUUGUCCAAAUGCUCCAGAUUGCACUACCUGAUAUUUUUAAAUCCACCUUGGGCCAGCAACAAUGUUGCGCGCAACAAGAUUAGAACCGGUGCAUUACGCAAUCGCAGUCAGAAUACAGUUGCGUUGCGCGGGCUGCAGCACUGUUUGCGCGCCAAGCUCAUCUCCGGGAAGUUGUCUGCAGGAUUUUUGCUUGCGAGCGCUACUAACAUUAGAUCGACACACUUCCAAACUACCCCUAGCACCCCCGUAAGUGCGCUUCGUUUAGCUAAAAGUUUUGCAGACAACUUCCACCAACGUUGCUACACGCGCAAGCAAUGGAGGAGCGCAUGGUGCGGCAGGCAGUGGCAUUGGACUGUGAGCAGGAACGAUCCGUUUCACCCGAGUGCCAAGCAGAAAACAACGGGCAGCAUCGAAAUAAGUUUGAGUGCGAGCAUUGCGUGCCCAAAAAAUACUUCCAAACAGCGCGAAAUGUGAGCGUUCACAUCCAAACGGUGCACUUUAACAAGGAAAACAAAAAGCGAAAGUGCCAAGAGUGCAAUGGGGUGUGCAAUAGCGAGAGCGACAUUCCGGCACACUAUCUACUGGCGCAUAAGGAGCUGCCGGGACCGUACCAGUGUCUUGUUUGUCCAGCAAGCUUUUACGCGAUAGCAGAGUUGACGCACCAUUUCCAUGCGCACACGGAUCGCGAACGCGACAGCGUGUCCGUUGCGCAGGCAUCGCUCUGUUACCGGAUCGAAAACUGCCAGGUGAAUCAGUGCAAGAUCUGCCGGCAGAAUUUCACCACCAAGGGUGCUAUCAGGAAGCAUUGGAAGAUGCAUACGGACCGAAGGUACGUGUGCGCGCAGUGCAGACAAUCGUUUCGCGAGGAGCGACUGUAUCGCAGACACGUGGCCGAGAAGCAUCCGGCAACCAACUGCGAGCACCGCAACGACGAUGAUCUCGCAGGAAGAAAGUACAAGGAGGCUUAAAUGGCACGGUGUACCGGCAGUUAAUGAUUUGUUCUGAGUUGGAAUUUUUGGUCCAUUCUCAUAAUUUAUUCACCAAAAAGCUUUAAAGUACUAGUUUAAAAUUGGCAGUUUAUCUUUUUUUUAUUUACUACGUUAAUUUUGCUUUUAUUGUUAUGUUGUAUUUAAACUGCGGACUGCCAGCACUGGCAUCAUAAAACAACUCUAGUCGCGCAGUUAGGUGUUUGAUUACUCAAAGAGGAUUAAGCAGAACAGGACUGAUAAUUAUUUAUGUUGUGUAAUUGCUUAACAAACUAAUUUUGUGUACUUAUUCUUAGUCCGAGAGUAAGAAACAAACGCAAAAGAGUAGCAUGAAAAGUGUGCCAUUGUCUGUAGAAGAAAGUAAUAGAGCAAAACAAGUCGGAGGCAGAGAGUCUGUUGAAAUCUCUGGUUUCGUACAACGAAACUAACCCAACAGCGUUGUUAAGCACACAACUACUUAUGAAAGUUAGAAAGUUAGCAUCACUCAUUCCGCUUUCGUCAUUCCAAAACAUCAGACGGAGAUAUUUGUUUGUGGAAUGUAUCCAAAAAGAAAAGGAUACACACUGCCAAUGAUUAGCUAAACAAAUUAAACUAAAGUAUUUUAUUCACUAAACAUUACGUAUGCAAAAAGAGAGCAAACAGAGUGACAAAACCCCAUUGGCGGUUUCUGACGGCGCCAGGACCAACCGAAAAAUUGGGGUGUCAGAUUAGAAGAAGAAGAAGAAGAAAAAGAAGAAUAUUCGAAAAAUGAUAACUGAGAGCACCCAGUACAAGUCCAAGAAAAAAUAAAUAAAACGAAUACAGGUAUUUUUUGAACAAAUACAUAAAGCAGCUUUUGGUUUCCGUUAGGAUUUCAAUCCGAAAUCAUUUUUACAGCACACGAAACACUCACACACACACAUACAGCAAGCAUGUGCAUCCUUUCCAUCCCCUAUCAUCUUCUUCAAAUUUCCAACCCAGUUCCUGCGUCGACACCAUUCCCUUUCACCGGCCCCAAAAAGGACGGAGGAGAGGCAAUCACAAUCACGUUCCGACCGCGUGAACAGUCUUUUAAAGGACUUUGAAAGGAUACCGAAUGGCAGUUUGGGCGCAGGCGCAGGCGCCCCCCCCCCUUUAUCUAUUAGUUUGAUGACAUACCGUACCCAACAGAAACGGUGAACGUGGCUUGCCGCCGCCAGCAAGACACACAUAUCACGUUCGACCGUUCGGGCGAAGAGAGUUGUUCGAGUUGUUGCGUAGACCCGGAGGUUUGCUGUUGUUGUGCGUACAGCAGAAGGGUUUUUUUCCCUCCCCCGGGAUCAGUUGUGUAGUAGGCUGUGCUGUGUUGUGUCUUCACAGCCUUGUAGUACCGGGAGCCCUCCCGAGCUGCCCGUGGCGAAUCCUGUGUUUCGCUUUUCCCUCAACAAAAGAAAUUUAAAAGUGCAUCCGUGUUCUGUGUGGUCAGUUCCAAAGGUCCAAAAGCUUGUGAUUGAAGCCACAACCCGUUCGAAACAACCCCCAAGCAGUGAGGCAAACAGAACAGCUGCAACGGGCGGUACAAGUGCAGGACCUUCUCCGUGACCUUCAC